AUGAUGUCUUCUACCAAGAUGAUCAUAUUGAGGAGUUCUGAUGAGGAGAUAUUCGAGGUGGAAGAAUUGGUGGCUCUUGAGAUGCAAACGAUAAAGUACAUGAUUGACGACGAAUGCGUGGACACUAUCAUUCCCAUCGCUAACGUGACUGGCAAGAUCUUGGCUAAGGUUAUAGGGUAUUGCAAAUCGCACGCCGAAGCCGCAAAGACUAGCCAGGAUGAUCUUAAAGACUUUGAUGCUAAUUUCAUCAAAGUUGACCAUCAAACACUAUUAGAUCUUAUAAUGGCCGCUAAUUUCCUUAACGUUAAGAGCUUGCUUGAUCUUACAUGCCAAGCUGUUGCAAAUCUGAUCGAGAAUAAGACAGUGGAAGAGCUCCGCAAAAAUUUUAACAUUCAAAAUGACUUCACACCUGAGGAAGAAGAAGAGGUCCGUAGGGAGAAUGCUUGGGCAUUUGAGUAA